AGCAGGAUCAGAACCGGGUGCCAAACCCGCGCUUAUGGUUCCACGGCUUGUCGAUGAGGCAGAUUAGAUUCAGAUUUGAUGGACAACCAAUUAACGAAACAGACACACCUGCACAGCUGGAGAUGGAAGAUGAAGACACUAUCGAUGUGUUCCAACAGCAGACGGGUGGAGUGUGUUAA